UCGCGUUGGCACUUGGCAUAACAAGGCAAAGCGGCGAUCUUUCUCAUAUCGUCAUUUAUUCACAAAAUAAAAGUAAAAUAAAAAACCUUUUUUUUUUCUUUACAAAUUUUAUUUAAAUCCCAAUUCUCAACUGCUUCGUCCGUGUUCAACUCGCGUAUAAACUCAACUUCUUCAAAAGCCAAGAAUCAUUUUUUUCACAGAGAAAGAGAUUCAGAUAAACCCCUUUUCUUCAUUUUGUGUAUAUCGGCGGUUUGAUUCUUCAAAGUAACGCGUUUUUCUAUCUAUACUCAAAGACCCUUUUCUUGGUUUGUUGCCUUUUUUGUUCUUUCAAAGCAUCUCUUCGAUUUCUUUGAUCUUAAUCGGUAAGUGGGCUUCGAUCAGAUCUCGUGAUUGAUUGAUUUCGGUGGGUUUCUUUAUCUUUUUCGAUUCCUUUUUUUCGGUUGGGCAAAGGUAAUAGUGAGAAUUUGGUGAUGAGCGAUGUUGACCUUAGAAAGAGUUUGGUUAUGAAGUAAUAUGGAAGUGGUGGUUACACUUAAUACACGAAAAAGAAGAGGAAGAGGAAGAUGUCGUUUUACAUUGGUCGCGAGUCGUCAAAGCUAUGGAAGAGAAUUUGCGCAGAGACAACCACAGAGCUCAAUCUUCUAGCCGAGAAUUGGAAAUAUCUUCUAGGGGGACUUAUUUGUCAGUACAUACAUGGUCUGGCUGCCCGGGGAGUUCAUUAUAUACAUCGACCGGGGCCAACUCUUCAGGAUGUGGGCUUCAUACUUCUACCAGAGCUUGGGUUAGACAAAGCAUAUAUCAGUGAGACGUUGUUCAGCUUUAUCUUUAUGUCCUUUUUCUUGUGGACUUUCCAUCCUUUCAUUUUCAAGAGCAAAAAGAUCUACACAGUGCUAGUAUGGUGCAGGGUUCUAGCUUUCUUAGUUGCUUCUCAAAUUCUCCGAGUUCUCACAUUCUAUUCUACCCAGCUUCCUGGUCCAAAUUACCAUUGCCGAGAGGGGUCAAAGCUUGCCAGGCUGCCUCCCCCCAAUAGUGCUCUUGAAGUCUUUUUGUUAAAUUUUCCUCGAGGUGUUAUAUAUGGCUGUGGUGAUUUGAUAUUUUCAUCUCACAUGAUCUUUACUCUGGUCUUUGUGCUCACCUAUCAGAAAUACGGAACUCGCAGGUGUAUAAAGCAGCUCGCUUGGUUACUUGCUGUCAUCCAGAGUUUAUUGAUCGUGGCCUCCCGCAAACAUUAUACAGUUGAUGUUGUUGUUGCUUGGUAUACUGUUAACUUGGUGGUAUUCUUUAUUGACAAGAAGUUGCCAGAAUUGCCUGAUCGGAGUGGAGGUGCAUCUCUUUUGCUGCCACUAACCGGCAAGGAAAUUUUCGGAAGAACCAAAGAAGAGAACCACAAGCUCUUAAACGGGAACUCGGGGGACCCUGCUGAUCGGAGGCAACGAACUCAAGUCAACGGGAAAAUACUCGAAGAUGGAAACACAGACCAUGCUGAUGGUGCCAUGAACGGUGCUUAGAUGAACCGGAAAGAGACCAAUGUGGGAGCUUGUUAAAAAGUUCUAACGUGAAUUUGAAUUGUAGGGCUCCUAUGUUGGAAUGGAACACAUGAAUUGUAUUGGUUACGAUCACAUUUUGAUAUCAGAAUCAGCAUGGACUAUUUCCAAUUGUUGCACAGCUUUUCUUUCCUUAUUUUUUUCUUAACCCUUUUGGUAACAUGGCAUGAACUGUCUCGUUUUUGGUCUUUAGCCACUGAAUCUAAUCUAAUUUACUAAUAGUGCAUUACAUUA